AUGUUGGUGAUUAGCGUGGUUCUGAUGUUCAUGGCGAUCGGGCUUUGCCAAGUGUCCCAAUCAUCAUGCCCGCCGAACGAGAUGCAAAGCGAGUGCGCCUACUGCGGCCCGAAGCGGUGCGAGGAGCUGGGCGAGCCGGUGCCGUGUUCGGGCGGCACCGCGCUGUGCCGGCCGGAGUGCGUCUGCGUCGACGGCUCCGUCCGGGCCGAGAACGGCACGUGCAUACCCAAGGCGGAUUGCCCCAGCUGUGGUGGUGAUAGAAACGCCACCUCCGGCUGCGGCAACUACUGCGGCAACUCUUGCUCGGACUACAAGGAAGUCAACAAGACCUUGACUGGCUGCCUAUACAACAGAUGCGAUUGCAGAUAUGGCUACGUCUACCAUGACAGUUUGAAGAAAUGUGUGCUGCCUGUUGAUUGUUGAUUCGAAGACGUCAGUGGGAGUACAGGGCUGCUGAAAUCGGAGGUAUUUAUUAGAUGGGAUGC